AUGUUGUUUCGGUGUUUGGUGUUUGUCAGUGUUUGUCACCAAACGAUUCCACGAGAAUCAGAGUGGUGAAGAGUGGAAUAUUAAAGAAUCGUCACCGGAUAAAUCGACGGGGAGUAAUCGUUUUGAGUCUAAAUUCAGCUCGGUGGUGCGUUGCACACUCCAAUUUCCAUUUCCCAACCUGGCCUGGUUCGUAAAACGGUUCGAGGAACGACAUCGCAGAAAGGGAAAUUAAGAAAUUAUCAAGUGAAACCAGUGAAUCGCGCAGAAUCAGCAUCCAUUUGUUCGCCGUUCACGAAUUCACUUCGGUACUUCGCGACGUCCCUUGGACGUUCCCGAACCGAAAACCCCAAUUGAAUGGCUCUGAGCAAUGCUGAUCUUCGACUUCCUGAGAAGAUUCUUCGGCUGGGCGGACAAUCCUUCCCGCAAGCGUAGGGCAGUCUCGUUCACCCAAGAGGAAGACGAAGAAGAAGAAGAUGUGAUCUCUCGAAAGCGUCACAAACCAUGUGAUGUUCACCCAUGUCAACUGUAUGACGUCGAAAAUGGCCUGAUACAGAUUGACGACAGUUCCGAGGAUGAGAUACAAGUACUAAGCCCGCCGAAACUGAAAUAUUCGAACAGGCAGUUACAUUCGUCGAAAAGCAAAAUGGGUUGCAGCGGCAAGAGAAACGAAACGAUGUUGAACAAGGCUCAUCGUCUGCGGGAGAAGAGCCAGUACGAGGAGCUCCUGCAGAAAUUCCUACCUCACAGGAUUCACGUUAUCCAAAAUAAGCCUGUAGAUAGAAGAGAAGUCGUGGAGGUUAUCGAUUUAGAGGAUUACGAACCGAGGAGCAGCAGACCUGGGAAAAGUGAGAGCUCCGUAAACCUCUCGAAGAUGAAACACAAAAGCAACGUGAAACAAUUAGUCAUUAAUUUGAACGACGAGGAUGACGACGAUUCUUCGGAGGUGACAAUCGAGUCGAUCAAAUGUGUGAGGCCUCCGAAGGCGUCAAAAGAUUCUUCGAACUCGAAACAAUCUUUAAACGAAAGCAACAUAAAAGUGAACAGUUUGAGGGACCAGCUGUCGGCGAAGGCUGUGAUCCAACAAGAUUUCAUACCGCGGAUAGCCAAGCGUUACAACGAAAGAGUAGAACAGAGGUAUAAGGAGGCAGAAGAAUUGAAGAAGAUGACAACGGUUUUGUCGAAGCACAACAGGCUGGCGAGGGAGGCAGCGUUGGAAGAACAUUUGGCGAGAUCUAUGAGAUUGUACGAAGCAGUUUUAGAUGAGACCGAGGAACCAGAAGAGGUCGAACUCCCGACUCUGACCGAGACUAUGUUGAGACAAGUAAAACAAGCAUUGAUCCCUCAACCGGCCGAUCAAAUCUUGGUAGAAGGGUUCGGUUUGAGAAUCAGUAGAAAAGAUAUGUACACUUUAUCGAACUCCAACUGGCUGAACGACGAGGUGAUCAAUUUUUACAUGAAUCUGUUGAUCGCCAGAGGCGGGAAGAAUAAUUAUCCUAGGGUCCACGCGAUGAACACGUUCUUCUAUCCGAAAUUGAUCAGCGGCGGCCACUCGUCGUUGAAGAGGUGGACGAGGAAGAUCGACAUUUUCGCGCAGGAGUUGAUCGUCGUGCCGAUCCAUCUCGGGAUCCACUGGUGCAUGUCGAUCAUCGAUUUUAGGGACAAGACGAUCAGAUAUUACGACAGCAUGGGUGGAGACAAUCAGAAGUGUCUGGCGUCGUUGAGGAAUUAUUUAGAGGCUGAGAGUCUGGAUAAGAAAGGGAAGCCUUUCGACACAAGAGACUGGAAGCUGGUCAACGUCAAGGAUAUCCCUCAGCAAAUGAACGGGAGCGAUUGCGGAGUGUUUUCUUGUAUGUUUGCCGAGUUUAUCUGUGCCAACAGGAAGAUCACGUUCGCUCAGGAGGACAUGAGCUAUUUUAGGAAGAAAAUGGUUUAUGAGAUUCUGAAUUCCAAGAUACUUUGACUCAUUGGCUAGUUUCCUUUUCCUUUGAUUAGGUGGGAGACUUAAUGCCGGAGGCGUUGAGAUUCGUGGGUGAGAUUAAGUAAUUACAGGCUCUGUGUGGAUAAUUAAGAGCAGUUCUCUUAACGAACGUUCGAGACGCGUGUGUUUAGGUUUGAUUUUUCACAAGAUUCGAAAAGAAAUUGUUUUUAUGAUUUUUGUAUAAUGAACUGGAGAUUUAAUAAAAAGUUUCGUUUCAUUCUAA